GUCACUGACCAGGUGGUCUUGCUGUUGUCACGAGACAGGGCAUGUCCGACGCGUCGAGCUCUCGAGUUCGGGCACUGCCCCUCCAUCCCACCUUCUUCGCCCUCCAACGCGGUUGCAUUCACUACCGCACACCAUGUGUCGCAAAUACGCUAGAUGAUAUACAGCCAUGAUUGUUAGAAUCUUUGACAUAACUUGACCUCCCGCGCUCUCCACCAGAACGCCCAACCUCACCACCAGCACAAUGAAGGCCUCAGAUCCCGGCCGACCCAGCAGCCGUCGCGCCGCCUCAGGUGCAUGGAACCGGCUGAAGCCCGUCCGCGAAGAUGUCCUGGAGACAUACGGACUGCCUUCCAAAGGAGAGACACGGCUGAACGACUUCAAAACGCAAGAAAUCUACUUCAACCGCAUAAUAGAACGGUACAUGAAACUCUGCGCGCUCAACCGCGACGAACUAGACCGUCUCUUCAUAUCCGUCAGCAUCCCCCCAACCGAAACGACCACCACGACCAAGUCGACGACGGCGCCCACCGCCAAUUCCAAACUCACAUCCUCCUUCUCCUCGCUCUCCCUCUCCAAACACGCACCCCCAGAAGCCCGACAACAAACUACCAGUCGCCCACCCCUCGCAUCAACGUCAACGAAUACACCACACCACCCCAUACCACAAAAGGCCUUCACGCCAUCCAUCCAAGAACUUUCCACAGUCCUCGCCUCCCUGCGCAAACUGCGCGAAGCCAUAACCGCGUCCUCACGCACCGACGCCUUCGCCCUGCGCGCCUACACCUUCGCCAUCCAUGUCAGCAUCCUGUGCCACGACUGGUCCUCCUACCUCCCGUCUCUCCUCUCUCUCCUCGGGAAAAUCCACCCUGUCAACCCAUUAUCCCCAUCUACCCUCCACGAAAUCGUCGGCUUGUUAAUCCUCGACCAAGCAUGCCGACAAUCCGAUUACUCUGGCGCCCGCGCCACAAAACUACGCUACGGAUACAAAGAUUGGAGGGUGGAGAAGGUGUUAAGGUGUCUGGUAGCGGAUGAUUAUGUGGGGUUUUGGCGGGUAAGGAGGAGUGUGGAUGGGUAUCAGAGGAGGGUUAUGGAGUGGGCGGAUGGAGGGGUGAGGGUGCAUGCGUUGAAGUGUUUGGGUAGGGCGUAUUUGAGUGCUGAUAAGGGGUUUGUGGAGAGGUGUGCGGAGAGGAGUUGGGAGGAGUUGGUGCAGGAGGGUGUUGGGUGGGAAUUGAGUGCGGAUGGGGAGAGGGUUUUGAUUAAGAAGAUGAAAGGGUGAGUGGGACUUGAGGGAGUUGUAUGAGAUUUGAUACCCGCUUGAUAGAGAGGUCAUGGAUUGGUUGUAUUUAGGAUGAAGCGUUGAAUGGGGUAUCAUUAAGACUUUUCUAUAAGACGUUUU